ACUACAGCGCCAUGGCGGCAGAGAUCCAUCCCCGACCGCAGACACGAAAACCCGUGCUGCUGAGUAAGAUCGAGGGUUUCCAAGAUGUUGUGAACACGGCUGUGAUCAUCCCCAAAGAGGACGGGGUUAUCAGUGUAUCUCAAGACAGGACAAUCCGCGUGUGGUUGAAGAGGGACAGUGGUCAGUACUGGCCUAGUGUGUUUCACACAAUGCCAGUGGCGUGCUCAUGUAUGUCAUUUAACCCAGAGACAAGGAGGAUCUCUGUAGGGUUGGAAAAUGGCACUGUAUCGGAGUUUGUCUUAUCGGAGGACUACAACCAAAUGAUUCCUGCACGAACAUAUCAGGCUCAUCAGGGUGGCGUGACCGUGGUGCUGUUUGUCUUAGAGAUGGAGUGGAUUCUAAGUACAGGACAGGACAAGAGCUUUACGUGGCACUGCUCCGAGAGCGGACAGCAGCUGGGCACAUACAGGACCACAGCAUGGGUGUCUGGACUACAAUUUGAUGUGGAAACCAGACAUGCCUUCGUUGGAGAUCAUUCCGGUCAAGUGACAAUCCUAAAGCUGGAGCAGGACAACUGCAGCCUGGUCACCACCUUUAAAGGCCACACGGGCAAUGUCACAGCCCUGUGUUGGGAUCCUGUGCAAAGGGUUUUAUUCUCUGGAAGUUCUGAUCAUUCUAUCAUCAUGUGGGACAUUGGAGGCCGCAAAGGCACAGCCAUUGAGCUCCAGGGACACAAUGAUAAAGUGCAGGGUUUGUGUUACGCUCCUCACACCCGUCAGCUCAUUUCCUGUGGCUCAGAUGGAGGAAUAGUUAUCUGGAACAUGGACGUCACACGACAAGAGACUCCGGAGUGGCUUGACAGUGACUCGUGUCAGAAAUGUGAACAGCCAUUCUUCUGGAAUUUUAAACAGAUGUGGGACAGUAAGAAAAUUGGCCUGCGACAGCAUCAUUGCAGGAAGUGUGGCCAGGCCGUGUGUGGAAAGUGCUCCUCCAAACGCUCCACUAUUCCUCUGAUGGGAUUUGAGUUUGAGGUGCGGGUUUGUGACAGUUGUCACGACUCCAUAACAGAUGAGGAACGGGCGCCCACUGCAACCUUCCAUGACAGUAAACACAGCAUCACACACAUGCAGUAUGAACCCACCAGGGGCUGGCUGCUCACCUCCGGGACAGACAAAAUCAUCAAGCUAUGGGACAUGACUCCAGUGGUAUCAUAGGAAUCCUGUGUAUCGUCUGAAGGCAGGAACGAAGAAUCAGCGCUGAACUGAACUGAACUGAGAAUGAUGUGUUUGUGGAAAAACAUUCAGAGUUCAGGUCACAUUCCAUGGGCAGCUUCAUCUCAAGGAUAUCCUGACACUGAACUGAGCAUGUGCAAUUGUAUGUAUUUGUGCAUGUGCACACGGGUUAUGGGAACAAAUGUGUAAAUAUUGUCC